AUGACAACAGAAUCAAAAUUUCCAACACUUGAAUUUAUCAAGUCUGAACAAUUACGUGAGAUAAUUCAGACCAAAGAAGUAGGAAAGGAUUAUUUGAUAGUUGAUGUUCGUGAUGAUGAUUAUGUGGGUGGUAACAUCCCAAAUUGUAUUAAUAAACCUUCGGCAACUAUCAAAGAUAGUCUUGAUUCAUUAAUUUCCGAUUACAGUCAAGUCCCACAAAUUAUAUUCACAUGUGGUCUUUCAAAAGGUCGUGGACCAAAUAGCGCAAAAGCUUAUCAAGAUGAAUUAUUAUCGAAAAAUAUUAACCCCGAUCAAAAAAUUCAAGUAUUAUCAGGUGGUAUCACCGAAUGGCAAAAACAUUAUAAAGAUGAGCAAACUUUGAUCGAAAAUUAUGAUGCUAAUUAUUGGAAUCAAAAUGAUAAUAAUGUUCAUACAAAUAAUCCAAAUACUCAUUAA